AUGUGUGCAAAUGUAUAUUACAUAGAGGCCACUAAACAAUGCACAAAGUAUUGGAUAUCCGCUUUAACUUUCCUGAAAAGAACCGAAGCAUCCGAGGGGCAUCGUAUGGCGUUGAAAAUACCAUUGAGUAAUCGGUCAUGCUCAUUAACAACUGAACAGCUGUUGGAUAAUCAGUAUUAUAUGCCGUCCCCAUAUUUAUUCCCACUAAUGAAGCGACAAUACAUUGGCGUUAGAACUUCUCCAAAAUACUACGCUCUUAUGACUUACAAGGACGACCAGACACAAUAUAUACCUGCUGAAACUGGAUGCCCAGCAUUCCAGUUUACGUCCUUCCUUGAGCAAGGCAUAAUCGAUAACUCUUCAGUUUGCUAUUGGCACAACAUUGCGCCAGGAAUCACUCAACUGGAAGCGAAGGAGCUCUGCGAGCUUCAGGGAAUGAAGCUGCUAAUUGAAAGAUACGAGGGAGCAUUUCCGAGUGAUAAUGGGGGAUUUCCACCUGCAAAAAGUACGCCGCUUGCACACCCUCUUGCGAGCAGAGUCGGUUUUGUCGGAUACUCGGACGUUCGAACCUGGCUCGGUUUGGAGAGAGAUCCAGUGGACAAGACGUGGAAGUGGAGUGAACCAUCAUUUUCUGUAAAGGGUCCCGAAGGCAAGGUUGCGAUGACAUGGGGACCUGGAGAGCCAAAAGAAGCGCCUGAAAACAAUUGUGCCUAUUUGCGGAAAAAUGAUUCAAUGAAGGAAUUUCCUAAUUACGCCCUCUUUGCUGCACCAUGCAACUCCAACGAUGUUGAUGGUUUUUCAAUCGGGUCUCUACCUCAAUCGGCGCGGGGAAUUCCAACGUGGACUCGUUAGUUGAGGAGUACGGCCGCAAUCAAAGAUGUUGUUCAAUCGACGCCGAAUUCUCAAUUCCAUGGAGAGGCAUCGAGUUGUAA